UAGAAUAAGCGCUUCAGUUCAUUGGUCAACACACAGACGCUUAGUCCAAACGUGCGGCAAACGUUGCAAAACGAUAGAGUCGAAAAUGAGUCUCCGGAAGCAGACACCAAGUGAUUUCCUGAAGCAGAUCAUUGGGAGACCAGUGGUGGUGAAGCUGAACUCUGGUGUUGAUUACAGAGGAGUCCUGGCCUGCCUUGAUGGCUACAUGAAUAUUGCUGUGGAACAGACAGAGGAAUAUGUCAAUGGCCAGUUGAAGAACAAGUAUGGAGAUGCAUUUCUCAGAGGAAACAACGUGUUAUACAUCAGCACCCAGAAGAGGAAGAUGUGAAGCCAUUUUACUAGUUUCUUUAUUCAUUAUUAGAUAAGUAAAUUGUUUACUGGCGAUUUUCAUAAUCCUUUGUUAGUUGAUGAUAAUGUUCAAUAAGUUUGUUUCAUGUUUUGUAACACAAAAUUUGGUGUUCUGCAGAGUGAUGCAGUAAAUUUGUUUUUCGACAAUAGAUUUUGCUUUUGCGUUUUCAUGAUUUAUCUGUUCCUGAGAUGCUUCUAUGAAUAUUUUAAUUCAUAGAAGUCGGCCUAAUGGUUAGCAAGUCGGACCCGUAACCCAAAGGUUGCGGGUUCGAGUCUCAUACCUGCAGGGAUUGUAGGUGGGGGGAGUGAAUGU